UUUUUAUAAUAAGCGCGGUCAGAUACAACGCUAUGUGUGUAUUCAUCGAUUGGUCAGGGGUGGCGUGUCUGAGCGAUCAUUAACCCAGUUGUGAGUCGGCGGCGCGGCAGUACACCAUGCAACUACCGGAACAGCCGCCGCCUCCACUCGCUCCUCUAUGGGACCGAGUGUUAAGAGCCCGAGCGUUACCCCCAGAUCUAGACGUACAACUCCUGUAUAUAGCUAUUAAAGACCGCCUGUCUCAUCCCGAGUGGGAGGUUCGAUUGCACGCGCUUCGAGUCCUCGCCGAUUUAUUACCUUUAUCUGGAAACGCGUUAUCAUUCCCGUUCGACCAAGUCAUUGAUAACUUGGGUCAUCCCUCUCCUAAUGUAAGGAAAGCAGCGUUGGAUGCGCUCAAAGUUUUCUGUUCGCAUUGCGAGGACCCAGAAUGCGCCGCUCGAGCGAUAAUAGAUAAGUUUUCCUACAAUAACAUAAGACCGUAUUCGACUGAUUUUGAUACCAAAAUGAAUAUUGUUACCGGUUUGAUAUUAUCAAUACCGUCUGUUAUAAGCAUACUGUAUAGAAGACAACCAAAUUUAGACCUAUUUCCAAUAUUACAAAUAGUAGGGGAAAAACUUUUUGAUAGUUUACAUAAGGAUGCUGCUCUCAGAUCAUUGAUGAAAUUACGAAGGAUAUGUGACCAACGACAGCAUCUGGCACUAUUUUCGCAAUUAGACUCAAGAAUCCAAGAGAGGUUUAAUUAUUUAUGUGCUAAUUAUGAUGAAGAUUCAGAAGAUGUUUAUUAUCCCACAAGAAAAAGCAACCAGCCUUUUGUUCACUUAAAUAGGAUUUUCAACAAUCCCCAUACGAGUCCCAUAUAUCUUUCAACAGACUCAGCAUCAGAUGAUUCCUAUAGAAUACCCUUCCAAAAAAACAAUUAUGCUAAAGUGAUAAUAGAAACGGAAAUCAAAUUUAAUUCGGAUACGGCUAUCACAAUGACAGUCUUAGAACAAAAUGAUACAGGGCUCGAUAAAAAUACAGCCAGUGAAGAUGACUCUGACAGUUCUGAUCGCGUAAUGUUAAGGUACAGUGACGAAGACUCGGAAGAAGAUUCUGAUGUUGUUAUAAAAAAAGUGCGUUUUGGUGGUGAGAGUAUCAAAAUCAGGACUCCAGACAGUGACAACUUAAUUAACAGCGAAGAAGACAUCAAUCACAAUAUAACAGGAAAUGCAUCAAGUAAACCAAACAUAGAAAAGCAAAAGCCAGAGGCGGCUAUAAAUAAUAAAACGAGUGAUAUACAAGAACGAAAAGAUCGCAUGAAUUCCAAGAGAAGUGGUAUCCCACUACCGGUUAUAUCUAAUAAAUCACAAAAGAAAAACACACAAAACAAUAGAGUUAAGGAGAAAUCUAAAUCCCUCAGUGAAUUGUAUGACUAUUUUAGCAACAAAAAUGGUUUGGAUGGUAAAGUAAAAGAAAAAUCAGGUUUCGCAUUAACCUUGACGGAAGUUAGAUCUCCAGAGAAAUUGCAAAGUCCAGUUGAGACGCACAGAGAAAUAGAAGUUAUUCACAACUUACAGAGAAGUCCAACUCCGUCUCCGCGUAGAAAUCACGCUCGUGUGAGUUUUACUCGCGAUGGGUUUGUCAUGAAUCUGCUAGCAACUGCUCCAGACUUUGAGUUGUUAUCGCCGCGGCCGCUAUCGUUGCUAAGAAGACACUACGACUGGGAGGAUCUGAACAUACUCCCUCGACAUACCAUCGAUCAGUUACAUAAUACGGAAAACUGGAUAGCUGCUGUGAAAGCUACAGAUCAACUCCACAGCACGUUGUUGAAUGAAGAAAAUGUGAAAAGAGUAGAGCCAGCGGCUAUGUCAUUGGUACAACACAUGUGGGCGCUAACUGACGAGGUGCCAGCAUCCCGUGCUCCAGCAGAGGGCGCUAUAUGCGCGGUAGUACGCUCAGCUAGUUCCGACUGUAUAAGAAUGAUACUACCCUCACUAAUAUCCAGACUCUCAAAAGAAACCCCACCAGCGGCUCUCCCACAUGCGCUGUUACAACGUAUAGCCCUUCAUCAUUUGGUGGAACUGAUAUUUGAACCUGACAUUUUUGAGGAAUCAAACAUUAACAAUACAGAAGAGAGUCAGAUACGUGCGGCGUUGUGUCUGUCACGAGCGGCCGGGCCGGCGGCAGUUCUGGCAGCUGUUAGAAGAAAACUAACAGCAUCCGAACGUGAUGCCUUUUGUAAUAAGCUUCGGGAGCGGUUAAAUAAACCCGCGGAUAACGUCAGGACGAACCACGAAGCGAGAACAUCACAUCUACCUGUGCCGACACGUCGGAGGGCGCGUUCGACUCCCCCCGCGGCACCUCCGCCCCGUCCUCGGAGGCUUCGCCCUUUGCCUGACUCAGCUCCCUUACCUGGUAUCUCGCCACCAGCAAGAGAUAUUGUACUGGAACCCUUUGUUGCGGUUCAUCGAGAUUCGGGCAAUAACGAAGAGAAGCAAGAAAAAGAAGAAACUGAAAAUGAAAAUGAAAAAGAAACCGAAAAACUAUUUACAACUGAAACUGGUAAUGAUAAAAAUGAAGAAGAGAAUGUACAGCGAUCUCGGACACCCUCGAUACAGAUUGAAGAUAUUUCUGAAAAGUCUAUUGCAUCUUCAGAGACAGCUGCGGAAACAUCGUCUGUUAAAUCCAUAAUAAAAGAAACUCAAGAAAAUUCUCAUCAUGAUACUGAGCGGAGUCCAGAAACUAAAUCAGCAAGUGCAAAAUCAUCACCAGGAGCAACAACUCCAUCCAAAAACAGCGUUACAUCAAAUAUUUCCUCAGCUUCGAUGAGAUCUCAGAAUGCCACACCGGAACCACCAAGUCUAGUAAUAGAAAAGCCACCCGACCGUGACGUUCGUACCUCCUUAGCAGAAUGCAUGAUACCAGCGCGGCAUGAGGACUGGGAAACGAUAGUGUCAAGUCUUAUUGAAACCGAAAGACUGGCAAAAGACGAAAUCGCCAGAGCUCCAGCCGCUAGCUGGAGGGCAGCGACUCGCAGUGUCGCUGCUCACGUUCGAUCAUUAAGAUCCAGAGUGGCUAGAGCCGCUUGUUCAACAAUGGGUGCUUUAUUUGAGAAUCGAGGAAGAUGUCUAGAUCCAGAGUUGGAAGAAGCCACCAGUGCUUUAUUGGAAAGAUGUGCUGAUGUUAAUCGGUUUCUCAGAGCCGACGCAACCACGGCGCUUGGACGAGUCGCUUGUGGUGGCAAUUGUGCUCGUGCUGGCGUAGCGCUCGUUAGAAGAGGGGCUUCUCACAGAGCCGGACCAGUACGCGCUGCAGCUGCACAAGCACUCACAAAACUAGUUAGACAACAAGGCUCCUCUCGUAUACUAGAUCUACCCAUAGAACCUCGUGUUGUAAUUUUGCGUGCUGCUGGAGAAUUGCUAGGAGAUGCAAGUCCUGAAGCCCGGUUACAUGCAAAGCACCUCUGUCUCGCACUUUCAGAAGAUGUGCGUUUCCGGCAAAUGCUAAAGGACGCUAUGCCACUCAGCCGAUAUCGAGCGAUAGAAAAAUAUGUAGAUAAAUUGCGUUGCCGGUAACUUAUCUAAAUUUUGCUAUAUUUAAAUUUACUUUAUUUUUGUUUUGUUGUAUAUUGUGAGAUUAAGCUUGUGGAUGUAAAAUUUACGUUGAACGCGAAUGCCCUAAGGAAUAUUUCCAUAAAAAUAUUUUAAGGAAAUCUUCUUGUCUAAAAGUAAUAUGUAUACAAUGUAGUAUUUAUAUACAGAUUACAUAAAUUGAAUAGGUAAUAACUUUUUAUUAAAAACUGACUGAACUGAAGCAAAAUAUUUUUACUUAAAAUAUAUAUAUGUUUGUGAGGUAUAAUAAGUACAUUCUUUUUUUUUACACUUUUUAUAUCUGAAAAAGAUUUCGAAGUUUUCAUUAUAAACAAUAAAUAUUAACCAUGUAUUUUUUAUUACCUGUCUUAUUAUUAGCAAAUGAGACAAAUGGAUGCUGGAUCAUUUAUCGCUAAAUGUAUAAAAUACUAGUUAAUUAUAACCUGAUGACAGGAUAUUUUUAUAACAAAAGAUAAUCAAGUAAUUACAGAUUAUAUGACCAUUUCUUUCGUAUAUAAUAAUUCAAAAAUGGUAUUAAUUUAUAAAAUGUUAUAAGUAUAUUAUAUAAAACUGCACUACUAAUUACGUGUACGUAAAUACAUUGAUGUUUUAUAUGUGAAUAGUAAGAAAUUAUUUGGAUAAAUAAUAUUUGUUAUCCUCCAUAGUGAGAGAUUUUUAUAAAUCAAGUUUGUCUACAUUUGUUCGUUGUCAUUCAAUAAAUGUAUGUAGAUAA